GAGUUGUAGUUUGUAUCUGAGGGAGAGUGUGUGUGUCUUGGUGGUGGCGCGCGGACGUGUAUACCAGACGGACUCACUAUGAGUACAGAGGCCCUCAUGGAGGCCAGCGCUACCCAAGGCGGACGACCUCCGGUGUCGUCGCCGCCUCACAAAAGUCCCUCUCCUCCGUCGUCGACUUCGCUGGCGUCGCACCUACUGGCGGCCGUGUCGCAAGUCCAGAGCCUGACGUCGCAGUUGCCUCCUUCUGUGCCCAUACCCACGUCCUCGCCGCCCGGUCUGGGAGGAUAUCGCCAUGGCAUGCUGGGAGGAGGUAUGCCGCACCAGUUCCACCUUGGAGCCGAGCCUCCCAUGUCCUCCCUGCUGGCCGGACUCAAAGACUUUCCCCGUCAGUACCAUUCGCCACCGCCGGUUCCUUCGUCAGAAAGUCACGAGUGCAAAAUUGUGGACUAUCGCGGAGCCAAAGUGGCGGCGUUUAUCAUUAAUGGCGACACCAUGUUAUGCCUACCACAAGCCUUUGAGUUGUUCCUGAAGCACUUAGUGGGCGGGUUACACACCGUCUACACCAAGCUCAAGCGCUUGUCAAUAGAACCCAUCGUGUGCAAUGUUGACCAGGUGCGCAUCUUACGAGGCCUCGGGGCCAUCCAGCCGGGGGUCAACAGGUGUAAACUGCUCUCAGUCAAGCACUUCGACAUCCUCUACAAGGACUGCACCACCGCCAGAUUGUGCAAAAGCAUCAUGAACCAGAAUACCUAUCAUAUGAUGGAGAGCUUCGUUGUGAGUGCGUCCGUGGCUCCUCCGCCAGGACAUGGACUCCAAGACGACCUCCACCUCGAGGCCCUCCAGGCAGACUACCUACAUUGCUGGCCUGGUCGCCCGCCCAAGAGAGCCUCCGACUUCAUGACGAUGACCCCAACGCAGGACGCUCUCUUCGAUCUCAAGAAGCGCCACAUGGAGAACCAAGGCUUCCCCAACGGUCACUUGCCCGGUGAUCCCCGGAUGGACAAGUCGCCCCUGCUGGCCAACGGGUACCAUGCCCCGCCCCACUUCAACCCCCUGCAGUACAUGGCCCACCACAUGGCCGGCCUGGGCUACCCACCUCUCCUACCAGGAGGCCUGCCCGGCGGGAUGCCCGCAGGACCCGUAGGACCUCACCCCAUCUCCCCUCCUGAAGCCUCGCCUCUCAAGCAUCCUCAAAUCACACCUGAGUCUCUGGCCAGGUAUGUGCGGAUGCAUGAGGAACGUGUGGAUCGCGAACGUCAGAUGGCGCUGGACCAGCGACGGGGCCUCACGCCCACCAACAUGCCCGGGCCCCACCACCCAAUGCCGCCCACCUCCGCCCACGACGACCACCAGCCGCCCAUUUCUCCCGUCCUCAACCUCUCCAAGGGCGCCGUCUCUGAAGAGGCACAGGAGGAGCGGGAGGACGAGCGGGACCACGACCUGGCUAGCCACGACUCCGGUCGCGACCUCCACGACCAUGACCGCCGCCACGACCCUCAUGACGACGAUCGUCUCUCUGAUAUGGACGACGACGACGACAAGGAGGAGUCUAUGGACGUGGCGGACGCGUGGACGCGCGCCUCCAGCACCUUAGGACAGACGCAGCUCACCUCUCCGCCAGCGCCUCCCGGAGCCCUGGCUAGCAUGGGCGGCAACGCACCUCUCUCCUCCACGGAGGUCCUACUCAGGAAUAUUCUCGGCCUCCUUCGAGUGGCCGAAGAGAACGCCCGACACCACGAGAGGCAAACCCAGUGUGAGAAAGCUGAAUUGAAAAUGGAAGUCUUACGAGAGCGUGAAUUGAGGGAGACGCUGGAGAAGCAGCUGCAAGAGGAGCAGAAGAACCGGAUACUGAUGCAGAAGCGCUGCGCUAAGCUGAAGAAGCUGCGCCGUCGCCUACAAGAACGCCUCGACGUGGAGAUGAAGAGAAGGAGUCGCUACGAGGACCACAUCCGCUCCAACUCUCCCGACGCUCUGGGAGACAUUAAUGGUACGUAUACCAUACGAAAGGAGAUGGAAGCGAUCGCAGCUGAAUUACAGAACGACGAACUCAAGCAGAGUCAGCAGCAGAAGGAAGAGCGCGAGGCUGUCGACCGCCUGCUGGCCUCUCCCGCCCUCGCCAACCACCCCGCCAUCACAGCCGCCACCGCCAACACAGCGUGGCGGUAAAGCCAGUACCUUUGCACCCUUUAUUACUCUCAGUAUCAGGACUUAAGUGUCUUGCAAGUAUCCAUAGCAAGUCUUCACUGCAGCACUUGGCAUUUUUGGAAUCACCAGCAACAAUUGUUGACAAUUUUGCAAGGGUUUCACCUCAAAUAUCAGUGACCAGGACAAUAUGCCAGCGACGAACUGAGACAGUACUUCGCGGUACAGUUCACAGAAACUUGUGUAUUAUAAUGGAGAAAGCAGAAAUGCGAGCUGCACUCUGCACAUUCUGUACAUGAAUCGGGUGCAGUAAGCAGAGGCGACAUGUGUCUAUAAACAGAGACACGUCGACAGACUUGUAGGGCAAGAAGCAUUUAGCGAUAAUGCCCAACUUUGGUAUGGAAAUCAACAUGGAGGUCGCUGGCAGCAGCAGCAGCAGCAGCGGAGGGUAGUUCCACCAGGAGCCAGACCCAGGAGCUGAAGUUUCUUGACGUGUUGCAGCAGGAAGUGUUGUACUGCUUUGCUUAUAUGGCAUUUGAUACUUAACUAUGUACAUAGAUUUUUGUAGGAGAUAAGUACAAGAAAAUGACCAUAAACUGUAUCCAUAAGCUAAGCGCGCGGAUAUCACAUUAGAGAUCAGCGAAGUCACGAUCUGAAGGGAAUGUGUAAUAAAAGAAAACUUAUGGUGCUGACGUCCCAUCCUUGUUAUCGUGACUGAUGCAGACGAAGUCAUCGCGAGUGGCGACCCAGCUAGGAGCUGAGCACAAUAGUUGCAAAAAAAACUCCAAUAAACCGAGAAGCACACACACAUGAUCUCAGGUGCUACACAUGAGAGUACGGUCGGGGGCAGCAUCUUCCCACCAGCGCCUCCCUUAGACGCCAGUUUCCUUUCCACCUGGUGAUGGUGGCGAGGACCUGACAGCGGGAGCCUCCUUCAUCCCCCAGCAAGAGAUCUUGAACAAGCGCAAAGGUCAGUGGAUGCCACACUGACGACGGCGGGUGAGCCUGUGGGCGUUACCUCAGACUACAGCAGCGGAGGUGUGGACGCCUCCCCCUGCUGCACGCCCCUCACCCCCUCUCUCUCUCCCCCACCAGUCUUCCCGCUCCCCAGGUGCCAUAGUCACCGAUACAAGACUUCUCUAUGGAAACUAGACCAGGGAAUUACACAAACACGACUUUUUAUACUAUUUAAAGUGUAUUUAUUGUAUAUUGAGUGUAGUUACGGCUUGUGUGCCAUGCGGAAAUGUCCGCAUGAAUUGUAUGAGUGUAGUUAAUGUAAUCCUGAAAGUGUUCAUCAGUGAAAAGGGAUCGUAUUCCUUAUUAUUUAUAUUGCCGGUAGAGUCAGAUUUCUUUGAAAAGGAAUCGGGCAACCUAGGUAUGACGCUCGUCCCUAUUUCGCUGUAUGUAUUCGCGUGAGCGGUGGUGCACAUCCGGGUGUUUUAUAAAGGUAUCCCAAACACUGGACUUGCUCGUUUAGUCAAGUCACUCUGACGAAACCAUCCGCUGUAAAAUGCUCACAGAAGGUGUCAUCGGCCUACAGCCUAAGUCUAAACGCCAAUUAACAUAUCAUGGAAAAAAAUGAUCACAAUGUCUGCACAACCGGAUGUCUAGAAGUUGCAAUAUUUGGGGACUGAAUUGAUGUAUAGAGUUUUGUCACAUUUUGCAACGCAUUGAAUUUGUGAGGUUACGACCGAUGCCUGUAUAUCUGCCAUGCUGUGACAUAGCAAGUCCUACAGGCAGUGUUGUAAAUUAAAUUAUAUAUAUAUAUA